ACUAAAUUCCUACUUUACAUUUUUUUAAAUUCUGAUUGUAUUGUCUCUGUGACUUUUAUUACAGUAAUUAAUACAUACUAUUGUCAUGAAUUUAUAUUUACCUGCGUUAUUUCUCACGCUUGUGUGACCACACAGUGAUUAUGGUAAGUUGGUAAUCGAAAGGUGGCAAGUGAAUAUCCUCGCGGGGUCAGCCCGAGCCCUCAUAUUGUUUCUGCUAAACUGCAGUCAAGCCCCUUAAGUGGCUGAUUUCAGAAGAAUGACCAGUAGUUCAAGUUCUGGCUCAGGUUCAUUGUCCAGUCAAUCGGUGCCAUCUAGUAUUGACUCAGGUGGGACUUUAUCAGCAUCCCAAAGUGAUCUUGUAGAUGAGGAUGUUUCUGAUGAAAACCAACUUCUCUGGGGUCGUCUGAUACCUGUUGGUGAUGGGUUUCACCGAGUUGAUCUAAUUAAAGAUCAAUACAUAUUUGGUCGUGACGAAGUUAAUAUGGAUGUUAUUUUCAAACAAUCUUCAUUUAAUGCAAAAUAUUUUGCCAUGUUAAGCAAGAAACAUUUUCAAAUAAACAAGGAAACUUCAGACAGUGGAGCACAAGUUGCUAUCAUUGAAGACUUCAGUUCUAAUGGCACUUAUAUAAAUGGAGUGCGUGUGGGCCAAGGAAACAGACAAGUUAUUGUAGACAAUGACAAAAUUUGUUUGCCAACCCAAGAUCAUACGGCGUACAUAUUUCAAGAUCUGAAAACCAUUUUUACAGAAGAAGCAACUUUUCCAAGGGAAAUCAGAGAGAAAUAUACAAUUUUCAAGUUUUUAGGAAGUGGUGUUUGUGGUCAUGUUCAUCACGCGUUUACGAAAGGCAGAGAGUGCAAGGGUGUUGCUAUUAAAGUAAUAACGAAAGCAAAAUUUGCAAGCCAAAGUUACUCGAACAGAACAAGCAUCUUUCAGGAAGUAGCAGUUUUAAAGAAACUUAAUCACCCUUGUAUCGUAAAAUAUAUUGAUGCUGUAAACACGACCGACAAAUUAUUUAUUGUUUUAGAGCUAGUUGAAGGUGGCGAAUUGUACGAUCGUAUUGUUAAACAAAAGAGGCUGGAUGAACGAGUUACGAAAUUUUAUUUCUACCAAAUGCUCGUUGCAGUUAAGUAUUUACACGAGGAAGGUUUUACGCAUCGCGAUUUAAAGCCUGAAAAUGUUCUUUUGUCGUCAUUUGACGAAGAAACGCUCGUUAAGAUUACUGAUUUUGGUUUGAGCAAGUUUGUUGGUGAACAGUCACUUAUGCAAACAUUAUGUGGCACUCCAAGUUAUCUUGCACCUGAAGUACUUUCGUCCAAUGGUGUUUUGUCUUAUAAAAAGGACUGUGAUUGUUGGAGUCUCGGUGUGAUUCUCUAUGUUUGUCUGUCCGGUGGUGCGCCGUUUACAAACACACCCGAAAACCCUUUGACAAAGCAAAUUAUUUCUGGUGCUUAUUCUUUUUCAAAUCAUUGUUGGAGAAAUGUCAGUGGAGAAGCGAAAGAUCUCAUCAAAAAAUUGAUGACGGUUGAUCCAAAUCAGCGAAUCACUGUCGCCCAGGCGCUGGAGCAUCCUUGGAUGAAGGAUGAUGAAAUAAUCGAAAAAGCCAACAUGUUGAUGAAUGGACUGUCUAUAGCUGGGGACAUGUCGCAACCAAGCACAACGGCGAUAAAACGAAUAGAAAGUGACGCAGUCAUCGACAACUCGGUCACAAAGAAACAAAAACCAAGCGAUGAUUAUGAAGACAAAACGUUCGUUUUAUAACGCUAAAACAACCAUUGAAUGAAACACUUACACUAAUCGCAGUAAGUAUAUACUAUAGUAUUAUAUUUUUACUUGUAUUUUAAAUUAUUGUUUUACAGCAUUAUUUUGUGAUAAAAGAUUAUAAGAAAGCCUUAUCGAGGGUUAGAAUUUCAUGUUAGGAGUACAAAUAGAUCUGUGGGUUCAGAUUAUUGUCAAAAUUGGGCUUAGCAUUAGGAUAGUAAUAGCAUGGAAAUGCAAAACUGAUAAAACUAAAAGAGGAUUAUGAUAGAAUAAUCUUACUUUAUAUUUCGUAAAUAUUGAAGACACGCGUAUGGAGCUGAAGAAAAUGUUUCAGCAUGUCAUUGCUCUUAAACGAAAGUUAACUGCUUUAAGACUUACAAACAUAAAUAUCUCUUUGUUGACUUUUGAAUUUUUUUACUUAAUCAUGUGAUAAUCACCAUAUUUAUUGUAACUUUAUAAAAAUUAGUAUUUUGAGAGUACGAAAAACAAGUUUAUUUGUAAUUUAAAAAAUUAUAAUUUUGCUGCAGCUUUUUUCAUA